GGGAUGCAGAGAGCAACUAAUGUCACCUAUCAAGCCCACCAUGUCAGCAGGAACAAGAGAGGUCAGGUGGUGGGGACCAGAGGUGGCUUUCGUGGUUGCACAGUUUGGCUGACAGGACUGUCUGGGGCAGGGAAGACGACCGUGAGCAUGGCACUGGAGGAGUACCUGGUUUGCCAUGGCAUUCCCUGCUACACUUUGGAUGGUGACAACAUCCGUCAAGGUCUCAAUAAAAACCUUGGCUUCAGUCCUGAGGACAGAGAAGAGAAUGUCCGACGCAUUGCGGAGGUUGCGAAGCUGUUUGCAGAUGCCGGCCUGGUGUGCAUCACAAGCUUUAUUUCUCCUUACACGCAGGAUCGCAACAAUGCCAGGCAGAUUCACGAGGGUGCAAGCUUACCUUUCUUUGAAGUUUUUGUGGAUGCUCCUCUGCAUGUCUGUGAACAGAGGGAUGUUAAGGGGCUCUACAAGAAAGCACGGGCAGGAGAAAUAAAAGGCUUCACUGGGAUCGAUUCUGAGUAUGAAAAACCAGAGGCUCCGGAGCUGGUGCUGAAAACGGACUCCUGUGAUGUCAACGACUGUGUCCAGCAAGUUGUGGAGCUUCUCCAGGAACGGGUGAGAGAAAGCUAGGAGAAGAAAACUGCC